AUUAAUACGCCUGACUCCCUAGUAUUACUACCGACUGGCCGCACUCAAUUCUGACUUCUGUCUCAUGUCACGCUCAGCUGUCAUAUUACAAAAUGCGCAUGGAAUCGUACAAUUUUAAAGGUUAGAAUAAAAAAUACUUUAGUUUACUGAUACUGGCAAUAAUAAAAUGGAUGAACUAGUUGUAGGAACUUAUGAAGGCUUCUUACUUGGGUACUCAAUUCGCACCGAAGAUGCGGAGAAAAAACUAAAACAAACAUUUGCUACACAUUCGCACACGGCGUCCAUACGAUGUGUGUCUAUAGCAGGCAAGUUUUUGGCGUCUGGCGGUACAGACGACAAGGUUGUAAUAAUAGAUCUCAAAACACGCAAAGAACACACUGUCCUCAUGAACCAUGACGGGUCUAUAAACGCAGUAGCGUUCACAAAUAGCGGAACUCACUUGCUUACUGGCAGUGAUGAUGGCUCCAUCAUUGUCACUAGGACUGGAAACUGGCAGGUCGAAAAGAUAUGGAAGAAGGCACAUGGAGGUCAACCAGUAACUGAUAUUGCAGUUCAUCCAUCUGAUAAACUAGCUCUUAGCAUCGGAGGGGAUAAAACUUUACGAACAUGGAACUUAAUCAAAGGACGUCCUGCUUUUACAAUCAACCUUGCCAGCAAAGGAGUGCUCAUGCCUACUGAAAUCAAAUUUUCACCUGGAGGAGACAGAUUUUCAUUGGUCUCACAACAAACCGUUGAUGUAUGGACCAUAAGUAAAGCAGGGCUGGAAAAACGUAUUACUUGCAACUCAAAACCCACAACAGUACAGUGGUUGAAUAAUGAAAGAAUAUAUGUUGGAUUAGAUACAGGUAAUAUUAUAACCGUCUCUAUAUCAGAUACACAAGCCUUAACAUACAAAGGCCACAAGCAAAGGGUAAAAAGUUUGUAUUAUGAAAAUGACAUGCUAUAUACAGCGUCAAGUUCUGGAGAGUUAAAAGUAUGGUCGGUCCUGGAUUCAAAGUUAAAUGAAAUAUGCUCAUCUAAUGCAGCAUGUCGUGUGACUUGUGUCAGUUUGAAUCGUCAAAAUCAUCUCAUUAAAAAGGAAGAGAAAUCGGAUGAUGAACAGGAAAUAGAGGAAAAUGUUAACAAGGAGGACAGCAAUGAUUCUGAAGAAGAUGAAAAAGAAAAAGAGACUUUACCUGUCAAAAGGAAACCAGGAGCAUUUGUCACCGUAAGCUAUGGGGCAAAAGAUGAUGAGGAUGAUAAUGACAAAAGCAAAAGGUCAAACCCACCACCAGCUAAGAAGUUUAAGAAAAGGAAAAGAAAUAAAAAAACAAAGAAAGUUGUCACUCAAUAAACUUUAAAUUAUGAA